UCCAAAAAAUGUAGACUCUGUUCUGCUGAUAGCACUGUCAUGCCUUUCACUCAUCACUUAGGCAUAUCCCAAAGUCAUCUCUUGAAUCUUUUGAUGGCUAUUUUCUUCAAGGUUUUCCUCAAUUUUUCAGUAUUUUUUCCUAAUCAAGGACACACAAAGUGAACUUUGUAUCUAGUGUUCAAUACUCCAGUAGUAAGAAAAAUAACUUAAUUCAUCAUUUCAGAAACAGGAUUGCAGUAGAUAUAAUUAUUUGUCCAACACAAAUUCUAGGUCUUUCAGCAAAGACUUCAAAGUAAUAUUUCAGACUUGGUUCUGGUUGAAGAGGAAAAAAAAAACAAGUACCUGAAUUCAUGUUUUUAUUACAGUUUCAGUUUUGUUUUUUUUAAAUAUAUUUUGUUUUGGCAUACUCUGAUUACCAGAAUGAAUUGAGUGAUGGCCAAGUUUCUGCUGUUAUUUACUUGUGUCAAGGGCAGAUUUCAACUAUGAAUUAUUCAGUAUAUUCUAGAUCACCAUUGACCCUACUGAGUAGGGUAAAGCAAGGGCUACUGCAGAGGUUCACCACAGAAGUCCACUAAAAAGUCUCCCAAUUCAAAUUCGACCAGUACUUUUGGAAAGCUGUCAGCUAAUCAGCCCUUAGUAUGUUAAAUGUGUGCUCUCCUGGUAAGUUUAAUUAGAAUGCUCUGAGGUACUAAUUCAAAGAUACUGAAAACGCCUGAGAGGUAUUGCCUUUGUACAGCUACACGUAUUGAAUUAAUACCUAUGAUCUGUACCUUCAUUCUUUAACCUCUUACCACUGGAACCCACAGAGCUUUAUUCUUCAUCGCUUUGCCUGAAACCAACAUCCGGUUGAUAGCAACAUUACAGCAUUUCUAUUUAGGCGGUGCUGCAAAGCUUCCUCCUUGGUAAUUACACACUUGCAAAAGCAGAUUUUUGACAUUUUAUGCUGUAGUAUUGGGAAAUAAACCUAAGUUACGACGCAACGCCCGGUAAAAACACCGCUUUAAAACGUAAAAAAGCUAUUAACCAUCCGCACCGUCCCGUCACCGCCCCUCCUGCAGCUCCGCCCACAAACUGCCUCUCAGGGCUGCGCAUGCGUACUCCGCACGAGCACCACACUAGGACGCAUGCGCCGACGUUUCCGCACUUCAGGCCUGAUUCACCCCCGCCCCUUCCCGCCUUCGCCAUGGCGACACCGGGCGGCGUGAUCCGGGCCCUGCACCGCGGGACCCUCGCACAGCUUCAGUGCACGCAGCUCCCAUCUCCUGACAUAGCAGCUCUGCUGAAGCACAUUCCAGUGCUAUGAUUUCAUGGUACCAGGCAGCCCUCCCCUGCCACGCUGCUCUGCUGCCUGCUGCUUCUCAUGGGGUGAACAAACAGCGAAUGUAAACUCUCUCCAAAGGAGCAAUGUUCUCUGUAUAUUUUUAGAGUUGGAAAUUCAAGAUUCAUUUAAGGGUGAGCAUCUGGCCUCACUUGGCCAACAGCAAGUUACCUGCAGUCCUUGGGCCAGGUUGUAUCUUCAGCCAGUGGUGAUAAAUGUGCUGCUAUGGUUCCUAGAAUGUGGUAAUGGAUCGGAUUUUCUCUGGUAUCCAGCCGACUGGGACGCCUCAUCUUGGUAACUACCUUGGAGCUAUUCAGAACUGGGUGAAUCUGCAGGAAAAGUACAGCUCAGUGUUAUACAGCAUUAUGGACCUGCACUCUCUCACCAUGCCCAAGGAGCCAGCUGUCCUUCGGCAAAACGUGCUGGACACCACUGCUGCCAUCCUUGCCUGUGGGAUUGACCCAAGGAAGUGCUUCCUGUUCCGACAAUCACUGGUUCCUGAGCACACAGAACUUGCCUGGAUUCUUGGAUGUUUAACUAAUGUGCCACGGUUACUACGUUUGCCCCAGUGGAAGAUGAAAUGUGCCAGCCAGAAUAAUGAUGGAAAUGUCGGUUUGUUGACUUACCCUGUUCUUCAAGCAGCAGAUAUUUUGCUGUACAAGUCGACACAUGUUCCCGUUGGAGAAGAUCAAGUCCUGCACCUGGAACUAGCCCAAGAUAUAGCACAACAUUUUAACAAGAAAUAUGGAGAAUUCUUUCCUGUGCCUAAAGCCAUUUUGAGUCCAACAAAGAAAAUAAAAUCCCUCAGAGAUCCAACAGUGAAGAUGUCUAAGUCAGACCCACAGAAGCUAGCUACUAUUAACAUAGCAGACAGCCCUGAGGAGAUAGUGCUGAAAUUCCGAAAGGCCGUGACUGACUUUACCUCUGAGGUGACUUAUGACCCAUCCAGUCGCCCUGGUGUCUCCAACCUGGUGUCCAUUCACUCUGCAGUAACUGGACUUAGCAUAGAAGAAGUGCUGCACCAAGCUGCUGGUCUUGACACUGCUCACUACAAAAUGGUGGUAGCAGAGUCAGUUAUUCAAAAAUUUACACCUAUCAGGAAUGAAAUCAAGAAACUCCAGGAAGACAAAACCUAUCUGAUAAAGAUUUUAGAGGCUGGAGCAGAGAAAGCCAAAGAACUGGCUACCCCCAUCUAUCAAGAAGUAAGAAGACUGGUGGGAUUUCAGUAGAAACUGGCAAGCAGUUGCAAGGACUUCAGUCAUUUGCUCCUGGGACAGCUAUUUUGUUUGAAACAAACAGUUUGAAACAAUAACUUUUUUUUUUUCCUCUAAAAAAUCCAAGUAGAAUAGCUAAGCUGUUUACAUCAAAAACAUGUAUGAAACCAGUUCCUUCCAGUGGGACCAGCUCUGAACUUGUCAGGAUGGUCAGAGGACGAGGGUGCAGGCAAUCACAGUUACAAAGAAAUUACACAAAACCAGGAUACAAGGUUACUCAGAGGGGGAUUUGCGUUUUUCCUCCAACCACUACAAGAAGCUGAGGUAUAGGCAAGAUGGUUUUAAUCCAGCUGAAGGAGUUGUAAUCUUCUCAAGAACACCCUUAGCUGUUUAUGUGAUUUUGUUAGAGCUGGAUAAGUCAUGGUUAUUCAGCUUUGAUACCAUAAUGGUCUGCUUUUGGAUAACCAGACAGCACAGAGUUACAAAUCAGAAUGAUGGGGGCUUCGGUGAUGAAGAGAGAACUUACUGCUUCUCCCUGUCCUGUCUUCAAACUCAGUGUAAUUCUGUAUCUACAUCUAGUUUGUGUGAGGUUAGUCAGAUACUGAUAUCCAUACAGUAGAAAUCACUGUGGCUGCUAAUGCUAGAUGGCCUCUUUGAUAGUCUCUCCAAAGAAUGCAGAGCAAAUGUGAAUUUCACUUCUGCCAGCACUGCCUGAUCAAUUCUGAAGUUCUUUGUCAGGCUUCACACAGGCUUCAACUCAUCCUUUUCCACCUUCUUUUUGGUAUAGCAGGGAGCCCUGAAAUUUUCAGUUCAGCAUCAAGUCUAGGAUUGCUUUAGGAAAGGUUCAGGGAGAAAAGAUGUGUGAAAGAGAUCCUAUGCUGAUCUGUGAGAGAACUUUCUAUAUAAUUUACAAAAUUAAUCAUUUAAAAAUUAUGCUCAGGUCAUAGCCAGGACUAGAGUAAAAUAAUUUAUCAAAAUGGAAUUAAAUAGAUUUUUGUGAAAUCUCACUGCUAAACCUCACCUUCCUGGGUGUCCGCAAUAGUAACUUGAAAGGCAAUCAAAAAAUCAUGUGGUUGAUUGUCCUUACAUGUUGAAGAAGUUGCCUACUGCCUGCGUUACAGCCACCUCCAUAAGAAAAAAAAAAGUUGUUAUUGUCAUUGGUGACUGGGAAAAGAGGUCCCAGUACAAUGACUAGACCCACCUGUAUUAAAGAUGUUAAAAGAAAACUUCCUAACCUAGUGCAGCCCCCAGAUAACUACCCAUUGUUGGUUUUUGAUGUAAGCAACAAUGAAGCUGUGAUGAGACCAGGAGAGUCAUCAUGGGCAAUCAAAAGGGUCUGUAGAUUCUUGGGACAAUCUGUUAAAGGUUUGGGAGUGCUGAUAGUGUUUUUCUUUAUCCUUCCAGGUGCUUAGAAUAUCAGAAGAAAUAUCCAGGCAGAGCUUAUCAAUAUAUGGCUCUUAGGCUGGUGUCACUGGCAAAAUUUUGGAUGUUUUGAUCACAGUGUGGUCAGUGCAACACCAGGCCUGCUGGCACAUGACAGGAUGCACCUUUCUCAGAGAGGGAAAAUGUUUUUUUGUUUUUUUGUUUUUUU